UCUUUUUUCCUCUACUUUCCCACUGGUUUUUCUACAAGUUCCAAGCUUUAGCAUUUAACUAUCUACACCCACUUCUAAUUUUUCUGGUAAGCAAACUUUGAAAGAGCUUUAAUUAACCCCACCUGCAAUUUCAUGCUCUUUUCCCUUCAUAUACCUUUCUCUGGCACCUUCCUUCUUUAGUUCAUUUUCUCAACCCUCUCUCCAAUUGGUCUCUCUCCUCCAAAUAUAUCCCCAUCAAUGGCUUCUUCCCUUUUCUCCUAUCCUUCUUCUCUUUCUCCUUAUUAUCAUAUAUUCUUCACCAUCUUAGCUUUCUUCCUCUCCGGUUUGGUUUUCUUGCUGAGCAAGAAAACUAAAUCCAAGCGUCGCAAUCUGCCUCCUGGUCCUCCUGGCUGGCCAAUUGUUGGAAACCUUUUCCAAUUUGCUCGAUCUGGGAAACCAUUCCUUCAAUAUGUUGAAGAGCUCAAAGUCAAAUACGGACCCAUUUUCACACUGAAAAUGGGUAGCAGAACCUUGAUUAUAAUAAGCGGUGCGAACCUUGUUCAUGAGGCUUUAAUUGAAAAGGGUGCUCUGUUCGCUUCUCGACCCAGAGAGAAUCCAACCAGAACAAUCUUCAGCUGCAACAAGUUCACCGUGAAUGCUGCCAUUUACGGUCCCUGUUGGAGGUCCCUUAGGAGGAACAUGGUACAGAACAUGCUCAGCUCGAGUAGGCUAAAGGAAUUCCGCGAUGUCAGAGAAAACGCCAUGGAUAAACUCAUUGAUAGACUGGAAGCAGAAGCAGAGAGUAAUGAAGGCGUCGUUUGGGUGCUGAAAAAUGCAAGGUUUGCAGCUUUUUACAUACUAUUGGUAAUGUGCUUCGGAAUCGAAAUGGAUGAGGAAUCCGUAGAGAAAAUGGAUCAGGUAAUGAAAACCGUCCUGAUUACCUUAGAUCCGAGAAUGGACGAUUAUCUUCCAAUUCUGAGCCCCUUUUUCUCCAAGCAAAGAAAACGAGUACUCGAAGUGAGAAAAAUGCAAAUCGAUUAUAUGACCCCAUUCAUCGAGAGGCGUAAAAGAGCUUUGGAAAAGCCCGGAUCCGAUAACAAAGCGACGUCGUUUUCCUACCUCGACACCCUGUUCGAUCUGAAAGUCGAAGGGAGAAAAUCUUCGCCUAUGAACCAUGAAUUGGUGACGCUUUGCUCGGAAUUUAUCAACGGCGGGACCGAUACCACCGGAACGGCGAUCGAAUGGGGGAUGGCCCAGUUAAUCGCUAACCCCGACGUCCAAGAAAAGCUCUAUGAAGAGAUCAAAUCCACCGUCGGAGAUCGGAAAAUCGACGAGAACGACGUCGAGAAGAUGCCGUACCUACAAGCCGUCACCAAAGAGCUACUAAGGAAACACCCUCCUACGUACUUCUCGCUGACGCACGCCGUCACCGAACCGGCGACUCUGGGUGGGUACGACAUCCCGACCGACGCCAACGUCGAAAUCUUCCUCCCCGGCAUCUCGGAGGAUCCGAAGCUGUGGUCCGACCCGGAAAAGUUCGACCCGGAACGGUUCGUUUCAGGGAGGGAAGACGCGGAUAUAACUGGGGUGAAGGGGGUCAAAAUGAUGCCGUUUGGUGUUGGAAGGAGGAUCUGCCCCGGUUUGAAUAUGGCCACGGUGCAUGUCUACCUGUUCUUGGCGAGAAUGGUGCAGGAGUUUCAAUGGAGUCCACACCCGCCCGAAAAGAAGUUGGAUUUUUCCGGGAAAUUGGAAUUCACGGUGGUUAUGAAAGAUCCUCUCAGAGCCACCGUCAAACGCAGGGUCGUAUAGUCUUUGUCAGGUGACUGGGCUGUUUUGCUGCAACACAUAAUAAUUAAUUACACAUAAUAUAGUAAUUUUACUAUUUUAUAAUAUAUAUAUAUAUAUAUGUAUUUUCGUUUGCGUUAUGUAUAUUAGCUUUGUUUCCUUUUUUUUUUUUUUUUGGGAGGGUUUAUUGAUCUUUUGGCUUGUGCUCUGAAUUGGAAAUGUUAUGAAUUGAAAAUGUUUGUUCAAGUGCUUUCUAAGAUUCUUCUGGAUUGGCAAAUGCUUAGAAAGAUAAUGUUGAAUUUCCUUAAUAAUUAAUUAAUUAGAAAAAUGGUUGUAAGGAAAAAAAAAAAAUUCAAUUUGAUAUUGGAUUUUUCUUUUCUUUUC